AUGUCAUUCUCGACUCCGACACUGCAAGAUGCUGAAUUCAGGCGGCUUUCCUCUUCGCUACUGCCUUCUGAAGACCCUGAUUCCCAGCCUCCCAGUAGAAAGAGGAUCCGUCUUGAGCUUGGCGGUGUCUCUGAGGAGAGGUGGAGCCUGCCUUUGGUGCCUCGCUUGUCUGAAGUAGGAAAAAUCUGGGAGUUGCAGCCUAGACCCUUCAAGGCAGUCACUCUUUCAUCUAAUGUGAAUUUUGAUUACUCCACAGACUCGUGUGUAGAGAAAUCAGUUAGUGGGAGGCAGAUACAUCACCCAGGAGUCCAAAAUAGCAAAUUUCAUACGAUUAGCUGUUUGCAAUCUCUCCCCUCACAAAGUUUUGAUUCUGGUUUGAGGGCUUCAGAAAGGUCUUUUGAACCAGUACUGAAUGGAAGAGAGGUUUUCAGCGUGCACAACAGCGAUAGAUCUAAAGCAGAGGUUAAUCAACCUCUGUCCAGCACCUCCAUAUAUGAUAUACAUGGAGUUAAAAAAGAAAAGGAAAAACAGUAUUUAGUGCAAAGGAGAAACAAUAGUCAGAAAGUCAAUAGAUACAUGAAGCGGGCAGAAAACCCAUUUUUAGAUGUUACCUUUUCUAAGGAAGCUAAACCAACACGUCAAGAAAUUAAGAAGAGAUAUAACGUUGGCAGUGUUAUCCCAUCAAAUAAAAAAGAAAGCAUUUUAGUAUCUAUGCUAAAAAUAGCAAAAUGUCCAAAGAAACCCAGCUUGGAAAUUGCUAAACCCUUCUAUUUUAGAGAUAACAACACAGUAAGUAUCCCUGACUUUCCAACUGAUUUAAAUAGCAAAAUGUCCUCUGUCUAUUUAAAGGAAAUAGCAAAGAAAAAAAAUGACAAAAAUGAGACAUAUGUUUGGAAUUUCACAAACAUUUACUGUUCUCAAAGUAGACCUGAUGUUAAGCAAAAGCUACAAAAUGACAAUAAUAUUGUGGAUGAAGAAGAUACUUUUUCUGAGUAUUAUGAAAGUAAUCAUCAAUCACUGAGCAACCAAAAUACUUGGAAAGAAACAAAAGACAUUAUCAAUUUCAACUACUAUAAUCAUAGUAGACUCAUGUAUGAUGUAAGAGCCUCUAAAAAUAAUAUUACUGAAAUACUAGCAAAUUCAAAAGAAAAAGAAACAGAAAUAGGCCUGGACAGUUACAUACCAAUCAGGUUGGAAAAAAAUCAUUUAUGGGAUUAUAACACUAAAUGUGUUUUGAAGAGAAACAGGGAAAGUUGUUGGACUAUGAAUAAUUGUAAGACUAAAUGUGAAAAUAUGAACAUAAGUGGCAAAAAUAUAAAUUUUCAACAAUUAUUGGAAAUAGACCUUUUAAACAAGGAAGGUCAGCACAGUACAAGAACCAUAAAUACAUAUGAAGAACAAUCAAAACCUCUUAUAAUAGAAACACUGGAUAGUCAAAAAGCUUUAAUAAAAAUAGUUUGUUUAAGUGACAGAGAAGAAAAUGAUAAUAUGCUACAGUUGAGACAUUAUGCUACACAAAAAGGCUUACAUUUAAGUAACAUUUUUGAAAGUUUCAGCACAGAAAUUUUUUGUUUCCAUAAAAAUAUUUCAGGAAGUAAAAAGUAUAGUAUUUUAGCCUGGUAUGAAACUUUGAAGUGCAAAAAGAAAGCUGAGAUUCUAAAUCUAAUAACCAGGAAUAUGAAUAUUGAUAGAAAGAAUGAUGUUUUAAACAUAGAUAUACUGACCAAUGUUUCUGAAGCUCUAAAUAUUAUAUUGAAAACCAACAAUUACCUUGAUUCUUUAACAAAACUUGAAAAAGAGUUUAAAUUAGGUAAUUCAAAUAAACUAUUCAAAUGGAUAGUUUAUUUGAAUUAUCUGAAAAGUCUCAUAGUACAAAAUCAUUAUGUAUAUCCAGCAAGGAUUUUAACUUUUUCAUGGAUGUUAGAAGAUAAUAUGGGACCUAUGUUCAAGAAAAGAAAGCAAUUGCAAACUGAUGAAGUUUUUGAAGGAUCUAAGAAAGAAACCAUCAAUUCCUUCAGUAUGACUGCUAAAAAUAUAUGUUUUCCAGUUUUUCAGACUUAUGAAAAAAAUUCUUUUUUAAUGGAAUUAGAUGACAUGCAUGACAUUUUUUUGACAGAAGAAAUUAGUUACAAAGAUAAUUGCCGUGAAGAAGUCAUGAAUGUAGACAAUUGGGCCCACUUUAGUCCUAUUACUGUUAAAAUGAAUGCUAAGUUUGGUCCUCAGUUUAUUCAGAACUACCAAAGAUAUUUUAAUGAAAAAUUUAAUGAAAUAAGUAUGCACAAGCAAGAUUCAGAUACUGAAAGUAAACAACAGCAUAAUAAGAUUACUAGCUUUAAUUCUGAGUUCAUAUCUGAGGAUUUCUUUAAUGUCCUGGCAAGCCAUGUAAUAAUACAUGGUCAACAAACCCAUACCACGACUACAACUCAGGUGGCAAGUUUUGGGAACUUUCAAAGUGAAAUUAAAGAAAAAUAUUAUGAAGUAAUUUUGGAGGAGGAAAUAAAAACCACAGCACAAAGUUUAACAAAUAGUUGCCAGAUUUAUAAAGAUAUUAAGACAGAAAAGGAGGAGAAAGAUAUUUUUUCUUCAGUGGAUAGCAUGCUUUCUGUACAAUCAGCUUCAUUAAUGAGUAAAAAAUUAAACGUGGAAGAUGCUAUACAGACAAACCAAAUAUAUGUUAAUCAAAAUAACAUUCCUGACAGAAAUGAAUAUGAGAACACUUUGCAAGAAAGGGAAUUAGCUAAUUCAAGGCAUUUUCAUCUGAAGAAUGGUUCUACAGAAAGUGUUAAUCAUCAAUUUGAAAGUGAUUUGAGUGCUGGGAACAAUGAAUGUUUUCAGGACUUAACUGCUAAGUGUUUAUCAACAGAAGCUCUUACAAUAGGAAAAGAUUUUGAAAUGAGGAAUAAAUUUGAUUUAGUACUUCAAGAACUUCAUAUGUUUCAUGAAAUUAGUAAGGAUAAAGAAAUUCUAAGCACUGUAAGAACAAACAUUGGGCAAGAAAAUUACUUUGGAGAAAGUAAUGAUAUGGAAGAUGUAGACAAGGAGAAAGAAAUAGAUUUGAAAGUGGUUACAGUCAACAAAAUGUGUGGAUCUUCUUUACUCUGUGAUACUACAGCAGGUCCUAACAUGUGUAAAAGACACCACAGUUCAUUUAAAUGGAAAACAGAACCCAAUAAUGGCGAGCAGAAAGUUCCUAAUGAAUAUUUUGGUCCAAGAACAUCAGAGGAAGAAUUACUCUGUUCUCCUUCUAAGAAAGAUUGUGAAAAACCCUUAUCUCAAAGGCCUGCUUUGUUUUCUGAUGAAUUUAAGGAAGAAAAAUAUAAUUAUUUAUUGAAAGGAGGUAGCCAUUUUUCAUAUGGAAUUUUAAGAGUACAUCCACUGAAGACAUGCAGCCGACCAAUCAGAAUUGGUUUGUCAAGGAAAGCUAAGCUUAAACAACUUCAUCCCUAUCUGAAAUAA